AUGAGCCCCCUCGACUAUCUCCAUUUGACGCUGAUGCUCAUCGGCCCAAUUGCCGUUGUUAUAGGAUGCGGUGGAAAGAAAAAGACCGCGCCACCAAAAGCAGGUUCGAAAAUGACGCCUCCACCACCUGCUCCAGCUUCGACGGCUGCUGAUGGAGAGAAGAAGAGUGAUAAGAAGGAUGUAGAAGAAAAAAAAGAUGAAAAGAAAGAAGGAGAGGAGAUGAAGGAUGGAGAAAAGAAGGAAGAAGAAAAGAAGGACGGUGAAAAGAAAUCAGAGAAGAAGGAUGAUAAGAAGGAAGGAGAGGACAAGAAGGAUGGCGAUAAGAGAAGAGAAGAAGGACGAGAAGAAGGAAACAUCCAAAAAAUCCAAGAAAUCCAAGAAGUCAAACAAGUCAAAGAAAACGAAGAAGGAAAAGAAGGACGACGACAAGAGGGAUGA